UAACUGGUGUAUAGACAAAGAUGAGCUCAUGCUAUCUUCGAUGUUUCUAGAUUGAUAGUGUUAGUUGCCGAUUCCAAGUAAAACAGGAGAUUCGCGAUUUCUCAUUCGAUUCGAUCGAUUCGCUCUAAUAGAGCGCGAAGACUUGCAAGUCAAACUAUUCCACGGCUCUAACAUUAACAUCCACAACCCUCACCACACCAUGUCGACGCCACCAAACCUACAUCAGCAACUCCGCCUCCUAAUCCGCGCGAACCACAUCCUCCACCAGCAUAACCUCGUCGAUGCAUUCGGCCACAUUUCCAUCCGCCACCCACUCCAUCCCGACCAAUACCUAAUAGCAGCCUACGACCCCGGCGCCCCAGCCCUAGUAAAGCAAGCCAGCGACUUCAUCACCUACUGGAUCCACGACUCAACCCCCGUAGAUCCAUCCGCACCACAAGGCUACUCGGAACGCUACAUCCACAGCGAAGUCCUCAAGCGCUUCCCGGACGCAAACUGCGUUGUACACUCGCACUCCGAAGUCGUGAUCCCCUUCACGCUCGGCAGUGUAGACGUAAAGCCCGUUUUCCACAUGGCGGGUUUCUUGGGCGCGAAGCCACUCCCUGUUUUCGACAUUGCGCUUGUGUACGCCGAGCUGAGGAGUUUUGAACCUGAUAUGCUGGUGAAGAAUCAGCUGCUGGGCGCUGCGCUGGCGGAGAAGUUGUCGCAUAAGCAGCCUGUUGCUCUGCAGCAUAAGCAUGGUUUCACGACGUUUGGCGCGUCGAUUGAGGAGGCUGUGUAUCGCGCCAUGUAUACGCAGACUAACUGCGUUCUGCUGAAGGAAGCGAUUGCGCUGGCGGGAGGUGAUGCGAAAGCAGUGGCGUAUUUGCUCGAGGAAGAGGCCGAGGCGUGUGCGGUUAUGAAUCGCAAGACACAGGACAAGUCGUUCCGGCUGUGGCUGCGGGAAGUCCAGGUGAAUCCCCUAUAUGAGAACGAGGAAGGUGAGCCGGAAAAGGGGGAAGUUGCUGGGAUGAAAAUGUGAGGGAGCUUUGAGGAUUACAUUACUACUAUUAUUGUGUAUUGUAACUCAUUCUUUCGCCGCCAGGAGUGCGUUAUACCUUUUUGAUCUCGAUGCCUUCCACACCCUCACACGCACUAAUAUGCCCAAAGUAAUACAAAUGAGCAUCAACAUCCACGCCGAAAUCACCCUCAUUUCCAGCCAAAUUCAGCGUCCCAGGCAAAACCUUCACGUCUCCAGUCCCCGGCAUAGCAGAAUUCCCACUGGUGACAUAGUACUCCGGACUGAUAUGUCGGUAACCGAGCAACGCAGGCGGCAACUUGGGAACUGGAUCGGCUUUAUGCGUAACCCUAAACGUCUGCCCAUGGGAGCCCGAACCGAGAUACUGCGAGAUACCCUCCAGUCCGACCUUCGGCGCGCCGUACGUGUACAGAUCGACAGUCACACCUUGUGACCGGAGCAC